GAACAGCGAAUGGCACUGCUGUUAAUUCCGAGAUUUCCAGCACUCUUUUUUUCGGUGGCAGCAGUAGUAAUUCCGCACUAAACUUCACUUUUCUCUAGUCUCAGCUCAGCUCUCAGUACUUACCCUUUUGCUUCCUCUUUCUUUCCUGCUAAGUCGCUUAAAGUUGCAUCAACAUUUCUCUCUCCCUCCACCAGCCUACAUUCUGCAAGGGUUUUUCUCUAUGUCAGAUUCGGCGUCUUAGCUUUUCUGGAUCGCUUGGAAAACAAGGUGUUUCUUGAGGUUCUUACUGCGACUCUGGGGCAAAGAUGUCGUCCAGAGGGGGGUCUAGCCAACCAACUGGACAGCCGCAGAGGCAGCUUUUGCGGACGCAGACGGCAGGGAAUCUUGGGGAGACUGCUUUUGAUAGUGAGGUGGUUCCAUCAUCACUGAGUGAUAUUGCUCCAAUUCUUCGAGUUGCCAAUGAGGUUGAAUCUAGCAACGCAAGGGUGGCUUAUCUUUGUCGGUUCUAUGCCUUUGAGAAGGCUCAUAGAUUGGAUCCUACUUCAAGUGGACGUGGUGUUCGCCAGUUUAAAACUGCACUCCUCCAACGUCUUGAGAGGGAGCAUGAUCCAACCUUAAUGGGACGGGUUAAAAAAAGUGAUGCCCGUGAAAUGCAGAGCUUUUAUCAACACUAUUACAAAAAGUACAUCCAGGCCUUACAAAAUGCUGCUGACAAAGCUGAUCGGGCACAGCUUACGAAAGCAUACCAAACUGCGAAUGUUCUCUUUGAAGUUUUGAAGGCUGUUAAUUUGACACAAUCAAUGGAAGUUGAUCGAGAGAUUUUAGAAGCUCAAGAUAAAGUUGCAGAGAAGACACAGAUCUAUGUUCCUUACAAUAUCCUUCCUCUUGAUCCAGAUAGUUCAAAUCAGGCAAUUAUGAGAUAUCCUGAGAUCCAAGCAGUUGUUUAUGCUCUUCGCAACACCAGGGGUCUUCCAUGGACCAAGGACCGCAAGAAGAAGAAAGAUGAGGAUAUUCUAGAUUGGCUUCAGGAAAUGUUUGGGUUUCAGAAAGAUAAUGUGGCAAACCAGAGGGAGCACCUGAUCUUGCUACUUGCUAAUGUUCACAUAAGACAAUUUCCAAAGCCUGAUCAGCAGCAACCCAAGUUGGAUGAUCGUGCACUAACAGAGGUAAUGAGGAAGCUUUUUAAGAAUUACAAAAAAUGGUGCAAGUAUUUGGAUCGGAAAAGUAGUCUUUGGCUGCCAACCAUUCAACAGGAAGUGCAACAACGUAAAUUGUUAUACAUGGGUCUGUAUCUAUUAAUAUGGGGAGAAGCUGCAAACUUGAGAUUCAUGCCGGAAUGCCUCUGCUAUAUUUAUCAUCAUAUGGCAUUUGAACUGUAUGGUAUGCUAGCUGGGAAUGUCAGUCCCAUGACGGGAGAGAAUGUGAAGCCAGCCUAUGGAGGUGAAGAAGAAGCCUUCUUGAGGAAAGUUGUUACACCUAUAUAUGAAGUAAUUAGAAGGGAGGCUGAAAGGAGCAGACGGGGGAAAUCAAAGCACUCACAAUGGAGAAACUAUGAUGAUUUAAAUGAAUACUUCUGGUCUGUUGAUUGCUUUCGGCUGGGUUGGCCAAUGCGUGCAGAUGCUGAUUUUUUUUGUAAGCCUAUUGAGCAGAUUCGUGAGAAAAAUGAGGAGGAAAAGCCAUCAACUACAAGAGAUAGAUGGGUGGGGAAGGUUAACUUCGUUGAGAUUCGUUCGUUCUGGCAUAUUUUCAGAAGCUUUGAUCAAAUGUGGAGCUUUUUCAUUCUGUGCUUGCAGGGUAUGAUCAUUAUUGCCUGGAAUGGAUCGGGGGAUCCAAGCGCAAUAUUUACUGCUGAUGUGUUUAAGAAAGUAUUGAGCAUCUUUAUCACAGCUGCUAUCUUGAAGCUUGGGCAAGCUGUCCUUGAUGUAAUACUCAGUUGGAAAGCACAGAGGAGUAUGUCAUUUCAUGUUAAGUUGAGAUACAUAUUGAAAGUUGUUUCAGCAGCUGCGUGGGUGAUUGUUCUACCAGUUACCUACGCUUAUAGUUGGGAGAAUCCUCCAGUUUUUGCUCAAACCAUCAAAAACUGGUUUGGUGGCAAUAGUGCAAGUUCACCUUCCUUGUUUAUCUUAGCUGUUGUUAUAUACCUGGCGCCAAAUAUACUAGCUGCAGUGUUGUUUCUUUUCCCCUUCCUCCGUCGGAUCCUUGAGAGUUCAAAUUAUAGGAUUGUGAUGCUUAUGAUGUGGUGGUAUACAUUGUUUUGGGUUCUCCUUAUCAUCACAAAGUUGGCAUUUAGUUAUUAUAUUGAGAUAAAGCCUUUGGUAGGUCCCACAAAAGCUAUUAUGAGUGUUCGGGUUACAAACUUCCAAUGGCAUGAAUUCUUUCCUCGAGCAAAGAACAAUAUUGGCGUCGUGAUUGCUCUUUGGGCUCCAAUCAUUCUUGUCUAUUUUAUGGACACACAGAUUUGGUAUGCCAUAUUCUCCACUUUAUUUGGAGGUAUUUAUGGUGCAUUUAGACGCCUUGGAGAGAUUCGAACAUUGGGAAUGCUCAGAUCUCGAUUUCAAUCAUUGCCGGGUGCUUUUAAUUACCGUCUGAUUCCUGCAGAUGAUAGAGAUAAAAAAAAGAAAGGAAUCUGGGGAUUUUUUUCCCGUAGCUUCCCAGAGGUUCCAUCUAACAAAGAGAAAGAGGCUGCUAGAUUUGCUCAACUGUGGAACAAAAUAAUCAGUAGUUUUAGGGACGAAGAUCUUAUAAGCAAUAAGGAAAUGAACCUGUUGCUUGUUCCAUAUUGGGCUGAUCGUGAUUUGGACCUAAUACAGUGGCCUCCAUUUUUGCUUGCUAGCAAGAUCCCCAUAGCUUUAGACAUGGCCAAGGACAGUGAUAGUAGGGAAAAGGAGCUGAAAAAGCGAAUUGAGUCUGACCCUUACAUGAGGUGUGCAGUUCGUGAAUGCUAUGCUUCAUUCAAGAACAUUAUCAUGGUCUUGGUUCAAGGGAAUCGUGAGAAAGGUGUUAUCGAGGACAUUUUUCGUGCGGUUGACCAACAUUUGGUGGACGGCAAUCUUAUUAGUGAAUUCAAGAUGAGCGCUCUUCCUACACUUUAUGACCACUUUGUCAAGUUAAUCGAGUUUUUGCUAAAGAAUAACCCAGACGACCGGAAUGAAGUGGUAAUUCUUUUCCAGGACAUGCUGGAGGUUGUGACAAGAGACAUGAUGGAGGAUCAAGUAUCUAGUUUGGUGGAAUCUAUACAUGCUUUUGGACAUGGGGGGAUGACGCUCCACGAAGAACAAUAUCAGUUGUUUGCAUCUUCUGGGGCUAUCAGGUUUCCAAUAAAUCCAUUAACAGAAGCAUGGAAAGAAAAGAUCAAUCGGCUUUAUCUUUUACUUACCACAAAGGAAUCUGCAAUGGACGUACCAUCCAACUUAGAAGCUAGGAGGCGGAUUUCUUUCUUUUCCAAUUCAUUGUUUAUGGAUAUGCCUGAUGCACCUAAAGUCCGCAACAUGCUUUCUUUCUCUGUUUUGACUCCUUACUACACAGAGGAGGUUCUCUUCUCCUUGAAAGAUUUGGAGGUGCCAAAUGAAGAUGGUGUUUCUAUCCUUUUUUACUUGCAAAAAAUUUUCCCAGAUGAAUGGAACAAUUUUCUUGAGCGAGUAAAUCGUACAACUGAAGAAGAACUUAAAGCACCAGAGUUAGAAGAACAACUACGUCUUUGGGCAUCAUAUAGGGGCCAAACUUUAACAAGAACUGUUAGGGGUAUGAUGUACUAUCGUGAAGCAUUGGAGCUGCAAGCUUUUCUUGAUAUGGCCAAACAUGAAGAUCUGAUGGAAGGAUACAAAGCUAUAGAAUUGAAUACAGAGGAUAACAAAGGGGAAAGGUCAGUAAAGGCUCAAUUUGAAGCUGUAGCCGAUAUGAAAUUCACAUAUGUAGUGUCCUGCCAACAAUAUGGUAUUCAGAAGCGGUCUGCUGAUGCACGUGCACAGGACAUUCUGAGGCUGAUGACAAAAUAUCCAUCCCUUCGUGUGGCUUAUAUUGAUGAAGUUGAAGAACCUAAUAAAGACAAAUCCAAGAAGAUAAAUGACAAGGUUUAUUACUCUGCUUUGGUAAAGGCUGUCCCCAAGUCCAGUGAUGCUUCAGACUCAACACAAAAUUUAGACCAGGUCAUUUAUCGGAUUAAGCUUCCAGGAUCUGCUAUUUUGGGUGAAGGAAAACCUGAAAACCAAAAUCAUGCCAUUAUUUUCACGCGUGGAGAAGGCUUGCAGACGAUAGAUAUGAACCAGGAUAAUUACAUGGAAGAGGCCUUAAAAAUGAGAAAUUUAUUGCAAGAAUUUCUUGAGCAUGAUGGUGUGAGAUAUCCUUCAAUUCUUGGGCUUAGAGAACAUAUAUUUACCGGAAGUGUUUCUUCUCUUGCUUGGUUCAUGUCAAAUCAGGAGACAAGUUUUGUUACGAUUGGCCAGAGAUUGUUAGCCAACCCUUUAAAGGUGCGGUUCCACUAUGGUCAUCCAGAUGUAUUUGAUAGGCUCUUUCACCUCACAAGAGGGGGUGUUAGCAAAGCGUCCAAAGUCAUCAAUUUGAGUGAAGACAUUUUUGCUGGUUUCAAUUCCACACUUCGAGAAGGCAAUGUUACUCAUCAUGAGUACAUACAAGUUGGGAAGGGAAGGGAUGUGGGUCUCAAUCAGAUUUCUAUGUUUGAGGCCAAAAUAGCUAAUGGAAAUGGGGAGCAGACAUUGAGUCGAGAUAUAUACCGGCUUGGACAUCGAUUUGACUUUUUCAGGAUGUUGUCAUGUUAUUUCACCACUGUUGGUUUUUACUUCAAUACUCUGAUAACUGUUCUCACUGUGUAUGUGUUCCUUUAUGGUCGCCUUUAUCUUGUACUGAGUGGACUUGAAGAAGGAUUGAGUCAGCAACCAGCAAUUAGAGACAAUAAGCCUCUUCAAGUGGCUCUUGCUUCUCAGUCUUUUGUUCAAAUUGGUUUCUUGAUGGCCUUGCCUAUGUUGAUGGAAAUUGGCUUGGAAAGGGGUUUCCGAACUGCCCUCAGUGAAUUUAUAUUAAUGCAAUUGCAAUUGGCACCUGUGUUUUUCACAUUCUCCCUUGGAACAAAAACACACUAUUAUGGAAGGACAUUACUUCAUGGAGGUGCAAAAUAUAGGCCCACUGGUAGAGGGUUUGUGGUGUUCCAUGCCAAAUUUGCUGAUAACUACAGACUAUACUCACGUAGCCAUUUUGUCAAGGGAAUUGAGAUGAUGAUCUUACUUCUUGUAUACCAAAUCUUUGGUCAUACUUACAGAAGUGCAGUUGCUUAUGUUCUGAUCACUGUUUCUAUGUGGUUUAUGGUGGGCACGUGGCUGUUUGCUCCCUUCCUUUUCAAUCCUUCGGGUUUUGAGUGGCAAAAGAUUGUUGAUGACUGGACUGACUGGAACAAGUGGAUAACUAACCGAGGGGGUAUAGGUGUACCACCAGAAAAAAGUUGGGAAUCAUGGUGGGAGGAAGAACAAGAGCAUCUUCGACAUUCUGGAAUGCGUGGUAUCAUAGCUGAGAUAUUAUUAGCUUUACGGUUUUUUAUCUACCAAUAUGGGCUUGUAUAUCACCUAAAUAUUACAAAGCACACCAAAAGCUUUUUGGUUUAUGGUGCAUCAUGGCUGGUUAUUCUUCUGAUUUUGUUUGUAAUGAAGGCUGUAUCUGUUGGCCGGAGAAGGUUCAGUGCAAGUUAUCAACUUGUCUUCCGGCUAAUCAAGGGAAUGAUAUUCCUGACUUUUAUUUCUAUUCUGGUUACCUUGAUUGCACUCCCUCACAUGACAAUUCAAGACAUCAUUGUGUGCAUUCUUGCUUUCAUGCCUACAGGUUGGGGCAUGCUAUUAAUUGCUCAAGCAUUGAAGCCUCUUGUUCACAAAGCUGGGUUUUGGGGAUCAAUAAAGACACUUGCACGUGGAUACGAGAUUAUAAUGGGUUUACUUCUGUUUACUCCUGUUGCGUUCUUGGCCUGGUUUCCGUUUGUCUCUGAGUUUCAGACUCGCAUGCUUUUCAACCAAGCUUUCAGCAGAGGUUUGCAGAUUUCACGUAUUCUUGGUGGACAACGUAAAGAUCGCUCAUCACGAAACAAGGAAUAGUCUUGCUAACGGGAAGUGUUGUAUUUAUAUUGAUGUUAUUUAUCCCCCAAGUUCUGUUUUGCCUGUAGAAAUGUUGUUUAAUAGCCCAUUGUAAUUAUUGAUAAAGUGGGGGGGGAAUAAUUUUUGGUAAUUAAAUCACUGUCUUGUGUGUGCUCCUGUUGUUUUGUCUAGCAUUCGUAUGGACAAAAUAGUUGUAAGGUUACUGACAAUGUGUUAAGGCUAUUAAAUUAUUAUAUUGUUAAAUUCUAUAUAAUCAAUUGCAUUUCUCUGGUUAAGAUCAAGAGAGAGCGUAGAAGAUCAAGCUGCCGACUAGCUUCCUGACUCCCUGAAAGCUUUCAAAGCUUGGGACAUAAAUACGCCUUCACAAAUAAUGUAAACCAAGAAAUGGGAUUGAUUUGUUAAUCUUUGUGCCUUUGUGUAUUGUGUGACGUCUCGAAUCUUAAGUUGGGACUAUCCACAUGAUGACAACUUGAAGGGUUGUUAGGCAAAUGAGACUUGGCUCAGGCGGUUUAAAGUUAGGAGUAUAGCCUUAAGGUGCUUCGCUACCUGUAAUUUCUUGAAAGAACUCAGAAGUCUGUCAGGCUGAGGACUCCAUUCAAGAAUUGAGUUUGCUAGGGAUGUGGCAGGAACAAUAUCAAUUUUAAGUGAUUUGGUGAAAAUCAAAUUUUUACACCCCU